AUCCCAACAACCCCACCUCUCUCUCUAUUUAACCCCCUUCUCGCCCAAUCUCCCACUCUACACCCCUUCUCCUCUCUGCGUUUUGUGAGCCAUUUCCGAUCACUGAAAAUGGCUUUGCUUGUGGAGAAAACGGUCUCCGGCCGCGAAUACAAGGUGAAGGACAUGUCUCAGGCAGAUUUUGGUCGCCUGGAGAUCGAGCUUGCCGAGGUCGAGAUGCCAGGCCUCAUGGCCUGCCGUACCGAGUUCGGCCCGUCCCAGCCCUUCAAGGGUGCCCGCAUCACCGGCUCCCUUCACAUGACCAUCCAAACCGCGGUGCUGAUCGAGACCCUCACUGCCCUUGGCGCUGAGGUCCGCUGGUGCUCCUGCAACAUUUUCUCGACGCAGGACCAUGCUGCUGCUGCCAUUGCACGCGACAGUGCGGCAGUUUUUGCCUGGAAGGGUGAAACUCUUCAGGAGUACUGGUGGUGCACUGAGCGCGCCUUGGACUGGGGUCCUGGCGGAGGACCGGAUUUGAUUGUGGAUGAUGGCGGUGAUGCGACUCUGUUGAUUCAUGAAGGGGUGAAGGCUGAGGAGGAGUUUGAAAAGUCCGGGAAGCUGCCUGACCCGGCCUCGACCACCAACCCUGAAUUUCAGAUUGUUUUGGGGAUUAUUAAGGAUGGGUUGAAGGCAGAUCCCAAGAAGUACCACAAAAUGAAGGAUAGGCUUGUCGGAGUGUCGGAGGAGACCACGACUGGGGUGAAGAGGCUCUACCAGAUGCAUGCCAAUGGGACUUUGUUGUUCUCGGCAAUCAAUGUCAAUGACUCUGUCACCAAGAGCAAGUUUGACAACCUCUACGGGUGCAGACACUCUCUCCCUGAUGGCCUGAUGAGGGCCACUGAUGUCAUGAUUGCUGGCAAGGUUGCGGUUGUGUGUGGGUACGGAGAUGUGGGCAAGGGCUGUGCCUCGGCCCUCAAGCAGGCUGGUGCCCGUGUCAUUGUGACUGAGAUCGACCCCAUCUGUGCCCUACAAGCCCUCAUGGAAGGCAUCCCUGUUCUAACCCUUGAGGAUGUAGUCUCAGAGGCUGACAUCUUCGUGACCGCCACCGGUAACAAGGACAUCAUCAUGGUUGACCACAUGAGGAAGAUGAAGAACAAUGCCAUUGUUUGCAACAUUGGUCACUUUGACAAUGAGAUUGACAUGCAGGGGUUGGAGACCUACCCUGGUGUGAAGCGCAACACCAUCAAGCCCCAGACUGACCGAUGGGUCUUCCCUGAGACCAACAGCGGUAUUAUUGUGUUGGCUGAGGGCCGUCUCAUGAACCUUGGGUGUGCUACUGGGCAUCCCAGCUUUGUUAUGUCUUGCUCCUUCACUAACCAGGUAAUUGCUCAACUUGAGCUAUGGAAGGAGAAGGGAACUGGCAAGUACCAGAAGCAAGUGUACGUGCUGCCGAAGCACCUGGACGAGAAGGUGGCUUCCCUGCACCUUGGCAAGCUUGGUGCUCACCUCACCAAGCUCUCUCCGGAUCAGGCCGAGUAUAUCAAUGUUCCCAUUGAGGGUCCCUACAAACCACCACAAUAUAGGUACUGAGAUUGGCAGGAGGAGCUACUAGUUGCCCUGUCAUGUGCGCUUUCUUCUUCCUUUUUUUUUUUUGGCAUUUUUGCUUUGCUAUAUUUGGAGAGUUGGAGACGGUGGUAUGAAAAGACAUUCCCAAUUGGAGAAGAGAGGGUGUUGUUGGUACCAAUAAGUAUGUGUGGGCUGAAGAUGAUGGUGUAUCUUGCCGGUGGAUUGUUUUGUAGCAACAUCUAUUUUUAAUCGAUGGGAAAUGUUGAGAGAUUAAUUUAGUGGUUGUUUGUGU